CCUUCGACCUCAACGGCUCCCCACCCUUCCCCCUAAUUUUUUUUCUCAUCAAGGUGUGAGAAGACUCGACUCUCAAACCACACCCACAGCGACAGUAGAAUACCAGCAUGAGCACUAAUAACAGUUCGCCCAGCGGUACACCUCCAUACCAGCCAAACAUAUCCUCAAUCUCAACCUCAUCCUCGCUCUAUGUGCCCACUUCCAACCAGAUCCCCACACCCCCAACCAUAACCAUCAAUCCGCCUUCCUUACCCCAACCGACCCUCACUACUAUCAACGAAGCAGCCUCUAGGCCCGGUUCAAACAGAUACAACCCGCCUGUGCCCAGCAGAAUGACAGGCACAUAUUCCAGCAACAACAGUAUUUACCACAACAACCUCGCUCCUACCCACAACGCACACGGACGUCGACUCGGAACCAGCAGCGCCUCUAGCUCCCCUCCAGGAACACCUCCCAACGGCUUACGAGAUUACUAUCUGAAUGUUGCUCUUCAACGCGCUCAGCACCGCUUUUACACACACGGAACUGGAUCAGGGCCCAACUCUGCAAACAACUCGAGCACGAACCUGAGCCGGCCCAACAUCUCUGUCGUAGUUCCCUCACAAAGCAAGUACCAGGAGGCCCGACGAGCGUACUCUGCAGACCAACUGAGUGUCCAGGAACCACAGAUUACUGUCACCACACCAGGGGGAUCCAAUGAGACCGAGGAACAUGUAAAGACGCUGCAAAAUGCGCUCAACAACUUGAUUGCACAAGAAAGCAGAGCAGCCCCACAUAAUGACGAUGACGAUGCGGAGGAUCCAGACACUGAUGGACCCAUCAUGAUGAAGGGCAACAAAUCGAACUCAGUACCUGGAACUGUUUCGGCGGGUAGGAAGAGCGGCGUCUUGCUUACCCCUACAGUUCUGGCCAAUCGAGAGGACCCCGAAAAGACGGCCGCCGGUACUAUGAGCCAUGGAAUUGUGGGUUCGGACGUCACCCUCAGCGACAAGGACCAGAAAGAGAAGGAGAGGAAGGCGCACCGCAAGUCUCACAACCGGAUCUCGCGGCUUUUUGGCCGCGAUGUACCAGGCAUUGGACACACCUCAGAUCAGCACUAUCACAUGCAGGUCUCGCGCGCACCGGUGCAGCCCUCAAAAGCCGGUGUCCUCAGCAAUCUGUUGAAGCUCCAGGACAAUGGCCGCCAUGCAAAGGAAUGUAUAGACUCUUCAUACACUAUCGACAACAAAGCCGCGCAAGGAAAAGAAGAAACGACCCACGCUCUAUACCCGGUCCGCUAACAACUCUACCACGUCUAUCGCAAACGUCUUUGGCACCUACCCACCCCUGCCGACCAUAGGAUCUAGUACAGGCUUGGGUAACCUUGGCACGGCUACUCAGCGCAAUAGCUAUGGCAACGGCAAUGGCAACGGCAAUGGCAAUGGUAAUGGAUACG